AUGCUUAGUCAGUUGGGUAUACGAUAUUUACGUCCUUCACUAGGUCUCAUUGGUAAAUUGAGAAGUACUGGUUUUCCUAUUAAAGGUCCACUAGUUCUUACCUCUAGAAGUAUACGAUUUAGUGCACAAUUACGGGAUUCAAAACAGAGACAACCUGAAAAGCCAGAUAAGCCCAUUAAAGAAGAUAUCAAUGAAGAUGUCAAAGGAAACAAGUUAAUCCAAGAUGACAGUCAACAAACAUCUCAAGAAAAUGCGUUCAAAGCUGCUAUAGAAGCAUUCAAACUGGAUAGAGUACAUCGUAAUCGUAUAAUACGAGAUCACCUUUUACUGACCACCAAUAACAUCUUCAGUCGAAUACGAAUACAAUGGAAAUGGCUAGUAAAGAAAUCAAAUAACCCAUUCAAUACAGAUGAUUAUUCUGCUAUGUUUUCAUGGCUCAUGAUGGGGAAUGCCUUGUUGAUCAUUCUUGGUACCACUACAUUCUUCUCGAUGAUUAUAUUUACUCUCAAUACUGUUUUUGCUCAAGAGUUUGUGGCCCAGAAGUUGGGAGAGUUCAUUACUAAGAAUUCCAAUUUGACGGUUACUUUUGAAGAAGCCAUUGUUCCUACUUGGUCUGAUGGGAAGAUUAGUUUCAGGAAAUGUUCUUGUAGUAGAAGACCUCGGAAGAUAAAGACUUUUGUGAAGAAAUCUCAAGCAGAAGCUAUAGCUGAUACAGAGGAACAAGUUGAAGAAUUUGAUGAUGGAAAUUAUACACAAUUUGAUCUUACAAUUGAAGAAGUCAGUAUUACUUUAUCAUUUCGUAAGUGGUUAGCCGGAACAGGUAUUAUAAAAACCAUGGAAAUGAGAGGCAUGAGAGGUGUGGUAGAUCGUACUAAUGUUCAUUGGGAUCCUGAUGAUGAUGCUACUAAUUAUAAAAAUAUUGCCCAACCUGGUGAUUUUGAAUUUGAUGUUUUCAAAAUGGAGGACGUUUUAUUUGAGUUAAUGCAGCCUGCUGGAUUCAGGCCGUUUAACGUUGCCAUUUAUAAUUGUGAACUAUCAAGAUUGCGUAAGCAUUGGCUUUUCUUUGAUUUUUUAAAUGCUGAUGUCAUGAAUGGAGCUUAUGAUAAUGCUCUUUUUACCAUUCAUAAGAAACAACGAUUACUGGAUUUCAAAGUGGGAUCACAGUUAACAACAAAAGGUAAUCCUUGGCAAAGAGUAACAAGAUGUCGUGUGGAUUCCCUUAAUAUUGACCAUUUAAAUACCGGGUUAGAAGGUCCAUUUGGUUGGAUAACUGCUGGUAAAGUCGAUAUGAUUGGAGAUGUAAUGAUCCCUAAAGAACCCGACCAAAGUAUCAAUGUGAGUGAGAUUGUUACCAUUAUUGCACAUUCCAUUAAAAAGGAAGCCACUAGAUAUAAGAAUCCAGAAGUAAAGAAACAACAACAUCCAGAUUUACAUAUGAGAUUGACCAGAGAUGAUUAUAAGGAUAUUUCCAAAUAUUUUGUAUUGGAUUUGACUAUCAAACUUCACAAUGUACGUGCCAUGGUUCCAUUCCAAGCUCCUGAGCUUUCAUACAUCAAUUAUGCAUUGAUAAGGCCCAUUGUUGCUUACAUCAACUCCAAAAAUACCUUUAUUGAGAUCCACAGUAGAAUUGUCAAGAAUAUGCAAGACUUUAGUGGUUCAUGGACCAUCUACGAUUCCCUUUUAAUGGACGAUAUUUCCGAAGAGGUAUAUGAUAGUUUUGUGGAUUAUGUUGCGGAUGAACAAGAAAGAUAUACCCGUAUGGCAAAGGUUGGGUUCUGGUCGGUUCAACUAUUAUUUCAAUUAAUAGUGAUUGGACUUGGGGCCAUUUCAUGA